AUGAUUCUUACACUUCCGUCUUUUUUGGUGAGGCGCAUACUGCGAAAGGGGCAGCUGCGAGACCUAAAUGGAAUUAGGGAGGUGGCAUUGACAGGAAAGAUAAUUCGGCGGACUAGAAGCAGUGCAAUUCUCUUUGACUCCUUUUCAGGAAUUCAAAUACAAACAAAUCAUCCAGUGCUUCUGAAGGAAAUUGACGAGAGCAUUGAGAAGAACUACCCAGUGCACGUGGUGUGCACUCUGGAGCGAAUCCCAAGAGCGCGGCUGCAUGCCAAGUCUGUUAGAAGAAGCACUUUCAGCGAAGAAAUGUACAGAACUCUGGAGGCUAUUGAGUUUUGGAAAAAGGUUCAGUUUCAAAAACAACCAAAGUAA